UGGGAAUCAAGCCUGUGAAUGGGAUGUGCCUUGAGAUUGAUGGACUCCGAAACAACAAGUCCUUGCAAUGACCUAAUUCAUGACCUAGUAUUCAACAAAGACACACUGGUGUCAAGGACUGCUGAUUGGACUACGUAUGUCUCCAAAAGUGCCAGCUCACAGCAAGGCUGAGGACACUGCUGUACAGGUGGCUGUCCGAGUUCGCCCAUUGCUUCCCAAAGAGGUCCUUCACAAUCAUGAGAGCUGCAUCACUGCCGACCCAGAGCAGAAGAGGGUCACCCUCGGUCAUGACCGUCAUUUCCACUGUGACUUUGUCUUUGAGGAAAGCAGCACCCAGGAGGAAGUGUAUACUGACUGUGUUCAGCCUCUUAUUGAAGCCUUUUUCCAGGGUUUCAAUGCCACGGUCUUCGCCUAUGGGCAGACAGGCUCUGGUAAAACAUACACAAUUGGAGAGGCCAAUAUCUCCUCCUUCAGGGACGAUGAGCAAGGCAUCAUUCCCAGGGCCGUGGCAGAGAUGUUCAAGCUGCUGGAUGAGAAUGACUUGACUGACUUCUCCGUCAGAGUAUCUUACCUGGAGGUUUACAAGGAGGACUUCAGAGAUCUGCUAGAGAUUGAGACGGCAAGCAAGGACAUCCACAUCAGGGAGGAUGACAAGGGCAAUACAGUGUUGUGUGGUGUAAAGGAAUGUCAGGUGGAAGGACUGGAUGAGGUGCUGAGUCUCCUGGAAUCAGGAAACGCAGCCAGACACACAGGUGCCACCCAGAUGAAUCCCCGCUCUAGUCGCUCACACACCAUCUUCACCACAAUCAUGGAGCAAAGACGUGGUAGCUCCAGAGCAGCCAACGGCAAUUUGCAGAUCCUUUCCUCAAAGUUUCACUUUGUUGAUCUGGCUGGCUCUGAACGCAUUGUUAAAACAGGCAACAGCGGGGAACGUCUCAAAGAAAGCAUUCAGAUCAACAGUGGCCUCCUUGCCCUAGGAAAUGUGAUUGGAGCGCUGGGGGACCCCAAAAGGAAAGGCACUCAUAUUCCUUAUAGGGACUCCAAAAUUACCAGAAUAUUAAAAGACUCUUUAGGAGGAAAUGCCAAAACCCUCAUGAUCGCCUGCAUCAGCCCCUCUUCCUCAGACUUUGACGAGAGCCUGAACACACUAAAUUACGCUAAACGUGCCCGCAACAUCCAGAACAAGGCCACAGUGAACUGCCGUGGAGAACCGGACCGGAUCGAGGGCCUCGAGCUCCAGAUUAAAGCUUUGAGACGAGCGCUUGAGAAUCGUCAGCGUUCAGAGACGCGCAUCAUCGCUCGCUCGGACCUGGAGAGGAGAGCCAGGCCUCCAGACAGUGACCUGAGUAAACUGCAAGCUGAGAGCACCCACUACAGGACAUGCACAGACUCUGCAUACAGGCUGCUGAUGGAACUGCAGGGGGAGGGCACUCUAAAUGCAGGGCAGGUACUGCGGGUCAAAGAGUGGCUUUGUGCCGUCGAGGAGGAGCGCAGCGGCCUGACCACAGCGUCUGGACUGGACAGCGGCAUUGAGAGCAGCUCGACAGAGGAUAGCACAGCACUGAAAAAAUGCAGAGCAGCUCUGAAAAAUCAGGACUCAGAUCAUGUGAGAGAGGAAUAUCGCAGAGAACAGGACGAGUACAUUGCACAGCUGCAGGCACAGAUUCAACAGUUAGAGCAGGAGAACACAGAUUUUCUCUCUGCGCUGGAGGAUGCCAUGGAGCAGUACAAACAGCAGAGUGAUAAGUUACAGGAACAGCAGGAUCUUAUAGUGGAGCUUCACAGCCUCCUGGCUCAGCCUGGAGGAAUGGGGCUACUUCUCCUGAAACAGAGACCACAUACAGCCCCCAUCAACCCAACACAACAGACAGCGCACACUGCUGGACAUUUAACCGCCUUCUACAACGGAGAUACUGGAAGAAGUCAUUCAAGACAGAUUGCAGCUGACCUUGGUAGAUUGGCAGAGACUGGUCUCUGUCCAGAACAAGCAGAGCUGGAAUGUGGACAGGAAGACGCUGACAAUGAUGCUCCAACAAGAGGAGGAGAAAACAGAGAGGGAGUCGACAGUCUUAUUAAGUGCAGGGACAAACGAAGAUCUAUGAACUUAUCAUGGACAAGAAGGGAAGCACCAUAUGGGGGAGGUAGAGCGCCUCUGUCUCAGGUGCUGGUGCCUGGAAAUCGCCCUGUUUUACAGUGCAGCCGUCGCACAUCCAAUAGCAGUACAGGAGAGAGCUCAGUGUGGGACAGCAUGAGGAGUGUUGGGUGGGAGCCGAGCACUGAUCGGGGGCUUCUCUUAGCUCAGCAGAAGAUCCGGGAACUGUCUAUCACCAUCCGCAUGAAAGAGGACCUCAUUAAAGAAUUGGUGAAAACGGGGAAAGAUGCACAGGCCAUGAACAGGCAGUACAGUCGAAAGAUCUCAGAACUGGAGGCCGAGGCUGAACAGGCCCGGACUGAGCUAAACGAGGCCCAAAAGCAGCUUCAGGACUUGGAGGUGCAGGGAAGCCGCAACGCUGCCGACCGCUCCAAAGCUCAGGAGUGCCGCAGGAAGAUAGCGGCAGCUCAGAGCAAAGUACAGGUCCUGAAACAGAGACAGCGGGAUACAGCACAACUUGCGUCGCUGUCUGCACAAAGUGAAAAGCGUGUGCAGGAAUUGGAGAGAAAUGUUCAGAGUAUGCGACAGCAGCAAGACUUCCUGCAAAGGCGCUUGCGAGAGGAGAGCCAACAGAAAAGACGACUGGAGAAUGAGAUGCAACGAGGCAAACACCGCGUCAAGGAACUGGAGAUCAAGAAUGAGCAGCAGCAGAAGAUUCUGAAGAUCAAGACGGAGGAGAUUGCUGCGUUCCAGAGGCAGAGGCGCAGCGGGAGCAAUGGCUCUGUUAUUUCUCUGGAGGAGCAGCAGAAGAUUGAGGAGCAGAAACGCUGGCUAGACGAGGAGAUGGAGAAGGUUCUGGAACAGCGGCGAGGUCUGGAGGAUCUUGAAGGAGAACUGACCAAACGAGAGGAGAUCCUGGCUAAGAAGGAAGCCUUGCUACUAGAGCGCAGCGACUUGGAGACCAAGAGGCUUCGCUCCAGUCAGGCCCUGAGUAAGGACCUGGUGACUCUGACAGGUCGUAUUGAAUCUCUGGAGCGAGAGCUGAGUGAGCGGAAUGGGCAGCUACGCAGCAGCAGCGCCCAGGACUCCCAGCACAUCCGCCAGGAGAUCUCCAACCUGCGUCAGGAAAAAGACCAGCUCCUGAAACAGAGAGUGGAGCUGGAUGACAAACUACGACAGGGCAACCUGCUGUCUCCUGAAGAAGAACGCACAUUGUUCCAGCUAGAUGAAGCCAUUGAAGCCCUGGAUGCUGCCAUCGAGUAUAAGAACGAGGCCAUCACACAGAGACAGAGGCAGCUCAGGGCCUCGGGCAGCAUGUUAACUCAGUGGGAGAUGAACCUGAUGGCCAAGCUCACCUACCUCUCUGCCUCUGAGACCCGCGCACUGCUCUGCAAAUACUUUGAUAAGGUGGUUUCAUUACGGGAGGAAGAGCGCCGGUUGCAGAUGGCUCUUGCUGAGUUAGAGAUGCGAGGGGAAGAGCAGCAGCAGUUGAUUGCGUGGCUGGAGGCAGCGCUGGAGCGACAGCAGCACAACACUGACCGUCGGCUCACUCAGCAGCAGAAAGAGCACGAGAGAAGUGUCCAGCUUCUGCUACAGCAGUGCCGAGAACAAAUGGACGAAGGACUGGCUGGAAGACAGCGACAGUAUGAAGGCUUGAUCCACAGUCUUACCAAAGAGCUGAGCCACUACAAAGCAGUGAAUCAGGAGCUAAGCAACAAGCUAAGAGAAAUGUGUGGACAAACCAGCCAGCCCGGAGAACAAGGCAAAGGGCUGAGCUCUGACGGACGGGUCGGCACCGGAGCGGAGAGAUUGCAGAGCAGAGGAGGGGAGGACAGUCCUAAAUGCGCGGUGGAGCUGGAAAGAGUGUAUAAGACCAGAGAGGAAAUGCGAGAGCUUGUGCAUGCUCCCCUCCCUCCCACUUGGAGGCGCUCUUCCCUUCCCACCGAGGACCAUUACGGAAUGGAGGAGCUACGCCAGAGGGCCUCGUGUGAACUCCCUGUGAACAGAAUAAUUCAGCCCAGCAUGAACCCAGCACACUGGACUGGCAUAGCUUCUCUUUCUUUAGCCAAACCACGGAGGGAUUUUCGCAGGUCAAGCUUGAACACAGGCCCUCAGUUGUCCAGUUCAGCAAUUAUUGAUGUACGAAAAAAUCCAGUAUAACAAUAGAUGGGACCAUAAGAUGUUUAAUUGUGCAUUCAUUAAUCUGCCUCAACAUUUUUCUGUAUUCACACAGAAAU